UAUCUUAUUGUUAUUGUUCUGCUUUGACUUUAUCCAAUUGUAAGCAACAAAAUUUACAACAGUUAUAAUAUUUUUCUUUAAAAUAAUGCUAAAACUACAAACAAUUAUCAAUAAUGAUUUAUCGUUGUAUUCCUCUUAUACAAAAUGUGCCGAAAUACAUUAUUUCACCUCUAAUUUUAAUAUAGUUUGUGUAGUAUGUCAACAGCUCUACAAACAGUACCCGGACUUUGCCAAACAUUUCCAGGAUACUCAUUUGUUAGAGUUUAUGGAAAAUAUACAUGAAUUAAAUAGCAAAAAUGAUCAACAACUUACAAAAUGUGUUAAACAGGAAUUAACAGAAACUAUAAAAGACAAGAACGCUUUAAAUCACAGAACUGAGGAAGUACAUAAGGGUAUUUAUGGUGAUGUUACAGCUUAUGAUGAAUUACUAUAUUUUAAAGUGGAAGAUGAUCAGGAAAGUUUUAAGGCAAAUCUAACAUCUAACGACGAUCAAAUAAAUGUUACUUUCACCGAAAGUCCCACAAAUUUUGAUAACGAAAAAACAUUCGACGACGAAUUAGAUUGGUCGCAAUCGUUCUCACCCCACCACUUGAAACUAAACGAAAAACGUCCAUAUAAACCACGUAAUCAACCCAAUAGUUGCGGUUAUUGUGGCAAAACAUUUCGUAGACGUUACCAACUCGACACACAUCUCAACAUACAUACCGGUUUAAAACCACAUCAAUGUGAUGUUUGUGGCAGACAAUUUCGUGCCAUAACAACGUUGCAGCGUCACUUAAAUACGCAUAACGAACGUGAAACGUUUACAUGUCAAUUUUGUUCUAAACAAUUCGGACACCGGGCGGCAUUAGUUAGUCAUGAGACACGUCAUACGCAAGAGCGUUGUAUAGCCUGUGAUGAUUGCACUAAAAUGUUUUAUACCCCAAAUCAGCUGGAUACUCACAAGCGUAAAGUACACAAUAAAUUGGAUGAUUAUAGUUUAUCAUUUGCUUGUGAUUUAUGUCCGAAACGUUAUCGUACGGCCUCCAUGUUGAGCACACAUAAAUUUAAGAAACACUAUAGGAUGGCGAAAUUUUCCUGCGAACAAUGUGAUAAGAAAUUUGUGGAACAGAGUCAAUUGAAGGAACACAUGUUAAGUAUACAUUUUAAGAAAUGUGCUUUAGGUUAGAGAUUAUUUAUUAAAAUUUGCUAUUACUAUUGAUAUA